AACGCCGUGUUGUCUCAAUUUGGAGAUAGUGUAUAGUGAAUUGACUGGACGCCGUUUAAUCGUACCCGUUAGCAGACUACACGCCGUUCUUCUUCCUUGGUUUCUUAUCUUCCCCUGAGGCCUGAAUCAUCUUCGGCGCCUGUACUUGUCAGACUUCUGUGUUUGAUUCACCGUUACAUCGUCUUUGAUCAUGGAAACUCCUGUGGAUGCUUCGAUUAAGGACGAACAUGAAAGCCCUAGGUGGAAGAAGUCGACCGUGGUUUUUGUGUUGGGUGGUCCUGGAAGUGGCAAAGGUACUCAGUGUGGUAAUGUUGUGAAGCACUUUAGCUAUACUCAUUUCAGUGCUGGUGAUCUUCUUCGAGCAGAAAUUAAGUCUGGUUCUGAAUUUGGGGCCAUGAUCCGAAGUAUGAUUGCAGAGGGGAGAAUUGUGCCGUCUGAGAUAACAGUGAAGCUUUUAUGUAAAGCUAUGGAGGAAAGUGGUAAUGAUAAGUUCCUCAUUGAUGGUUUUCCUCGCAAUGAAGAAAAUAGGAUCGUAUUCGAAAAUGUUGCUAAAAUCGAGCCUGCCUUUGUUCUAUUCUUUGAUUGUCCUGAAGAAGAAUUUGAAAGACGCAUUAUGAACAGGAACCAGGGAAGAGAAGACGAUAAUAUAGAGACGAUAAAGAAGCGAUUUAAAGUGUUUGUUGAAUCUACACUCCUUAUUGUUAAUUACUACGAAUCAAAAGGGAAACUUCGAAAGAUCAAUGCUGCAAAACCCAGCGAGGAGGUUUUCGAGGCAGUCAAAGUUUUAUUCAUCCAAACCAUACAAUUUUGUUUGUUGCCUACCCUAGUCCUUGUAGAUAUUUUGUGUAUUAUUGUUUGAUUUGUCGUUGUCUGUCGACUCUGUACCAGCAUGCAAGGACUAGGGGGAAUCACCGAACAAAACAAAACAAAGACUUCCUAGUCUAUGUGCCGUGUCGUAUACGUAACUUAGUUUACAGAUUUGUGCUUAUGUUACAUCUAACAUGUUCUCAUUAGUCAUUAUGAUGAUAUAUAUCCAUAGUUUCGUGGUAAUAACCACUUUUUA